AUGUUGACAACUACUGGGAGAAAGGAGAAGCUCUCCGCUUCUCAAGGUUCUGAAAUCGAAGCUUCUUCCAGCGAGUACGAAAAUGGUACUGGAAAUGUAUGGUAUCGAGCUGUUUUGGAAGAAAAUCUGGCGAAAUCGAAGCGGAAGAAGCUCUCUGUUCGCCACUUACACCCUCAGCUCAAGGAAGACUAUUUACCGCCGGUAAUCACAACUUCCUUCCAUCGUCUAAUCCGUCCAGUCCCGCCGCAGGAUCCGUUUCCCGACGUCGAUUUCGAGGAAGGUGACAUGGUUGAUGCUGCUCGCGACGGUGGAUGGUGGUCUGGCUGGGUGCUCAAAGCCUUGGGAAAUCGGCGCUUCUCUGUGUACCUUCGAUUCGAACCUGACGUCCUCGAGUUUGAUCGGAAAUCUCUGCGCCCACAUUUGGUGUGGAAAGACGAAGAAUGGUUCCGAUGCGAAAAACGAGUAUUGACAGAGUCAGAUUUUAGCGCCGGAAAAAGAGUUGAAGUGAAAACAAAGGUGGAAACUUUUGGGGAUGUUUGGGCUCCCGGGAUGGCUAUUAAGGAGAAUGAGGAUGGGACGGUGCUUGUCAAGUACAAGGUCAAGUCUUUGAGCGGUGAAUGUGCUAAGAUAAGCGUUCCUUUCUCCAGAAUCCAGCCUUUACCACCACCUUGUGGAGAAAGAGUGUACGGCUUGAUGGAUAGUGUUCAUGUGCUUGUCGAGUCUGGGUGGUGUCCAGGUGUAAUCACUAAGCUUCUUUACGGGAAGAAAUACACUGUAAAGUUUGGGCAAAGCAAGAUGAGUGUGGACUUUGACCACUCCAAGUUAAGGCCUUCUGUGAAGUGGAGAGAUGGAGUCUGGAAAACUAAAGAAAAGGUUAUGGGUAGCGAUGAGAGUCCGCAUGUUGUUGAAGAAACAACUGCUUCAAACCGCAUAAGGGUAACUAUUCGAACACCACUGAGAGCAACGCGUUCUUCUAGUAGCAGCGCUAUUCAGAAUCCUACUCUGGCAUCCUGCAAUGGAGGAGGAGUUGCAGAAGCUAGUGAAGUAUCUGUCGUUGAGAGUGAAACACUGAUCUCCGAAACUGCAUCUCAGUUAUCUGGUGUUUUAGGAAGUGAGAUGGCUCAUGCUGUGAUGAAUGGGAACACGAACACUCCAGUCCCAAACCAACCAGAGAUAGCAGCAACAAAAGAGUCUCACUCAUCUGUAGUCCUGGGUGUAGCUGCAAUUCAAGGAAAAACAACUCCGAGGAAGAAACUUCAGACAAUGAAGAAUCAAAAGAGCUCUUCAAAUGAUUCUGUGGGAGAGAAGGCACCUGAGGAGACGAGUAACAGAGAGAGCGUUAACAAAAGGAAAAGAGGACAACCACGCAAGUUCAUAAGCACAGAGCCUAUUCAAAAAACUGGUGUAGCUGGUAGUGAUUCAAAUCCUACGACUACUGAAACUGCUAAUAUGGAUGAGGAUGAUAAUGAUACGCCUCUCGCUUCAUGGGUCAACGGUGGAAAUUCAUCAUCUGGGCAACAAUCCGCUUCACAGAGUCCUGAUCCAAUGCUAAACUCUGUUGUGGAGAAGCACGUCGAUGUUGUGAACACUCCUCUAGCGAAAGAGUCGACAAUGGUGCUGCCGUUUGCAAAGAGGUCACCGUGUUGGAAAGUCCUUGAAGCAAUGGAGAUCUUAAAAGCUGUGCCACAGCGUCCUCAUUUCCUUCCACUGCUAGAGAAGGAAGAAGAGUCCCGCGAAGGAGACGCGAUUGGUGCGAUGGUGACGUUCACCGGGCUGUUAGAGAAAGUUAACAAUCUACAAGUCGACGAUCCAGCAAGCGCGAUAAACAGGAUCAUCGAGUGCUUCGACAAGCUCGAGAAACACGGGUUUGAUGUCACAGCACCUCGGUCUCGUAUUGGCAAGCUACUGUCCAUUAAAGAAAGCCAGGGAUUGGCACUGCAAGAGUUACAAGUUGCUGAGAGAGAGAUCGCAGAGAACGACAACAAAAGAAGGAAGUGUGAAGCAGAUAUUGAAGACGUGUCAAGGAAGGUUGUGGAAUUGCAGAAGAAGGUUUUGGAACUGCAGGAGCAGCAAGCAUUGCUUAAGGAAGAGAAAGUGACAAUGGACAUGGACAUUGACCGGAUGCAGUCUCGCGCAGCGGUUCUCGACCAAAAGGUUCAGAGUGAAGAGCACAUGUUUCGGACAACUGUUGCUGCCCCAUGGAACUAA